AUGAGUAAAAAGCCCACGACAACAAACCUCAAUUCCCCUCAUCCCACCCACCCCACCUACAACUGCGGCGCCUCUGCCCACCUCCUCUCUCUCUUCGCCGCCUCCGGCGCAGCCACCACACUGUCGCGGCACCGGCGCGGCGCGCCAACAGCAGCCCACGCCCUACAGCCCUGCGUGCACCAGCACCAGCAGCAGGCAGCAACCCCGUCUUCUCCCCUGUUCCACCUCCCCAUCUCCCCCACGGCCGCCGCCAGCCGACGUCGGUCCAGUAGGAGCAGCAGCCGAUUCCUCUCCUGGCAGAAUGCCAUACUGGCUGCAGUACAUGAGAAUUUCUCAUCUCAACAAAUAUGCAUAUUCAGUAACACCUGCACGCUAAAUCACUGUGACAGAUAUGACGGAAUGAUUAAUAAGAGAUACCAGUUGAUACUGAAUGUGGUUGAUUCGACCAAUAAUGCUUCUUUGCUGCUUUGGGAUAAAGAUGCUGUUGUUUUGGUUGGGAAAAAAGCUGUGCAAAUUUCAAUGGAUGAGAAAGAAGCUGUUGAUGCAAGUGAGAAGAUUGUAAUGUUUAAGAUACAGAUGAGAUCAGAAUCCUCCUUUGUAGAGGACAAACCAUACACUGUGACUAAGACUUGCAUGGACCAAGUGGUUAUUAAUCAGUUUUGGAAAGAUGAUGAUGUUUCUGGGGAUUCUGGCAUCGCAGAAGUUGAUCUGUCUAAAAAGGCUUAUUUGGAGCAGUGCGAGUCUCUCACUUAGAUUACUGAUGUAUCCAUGGAUGAAAGCUUUAAGAAGGAUUCUGGAGAUGGGUAUGGUUCCUUCAUGAGUGUUGCAGAUGAUGAUCUGUCGAACGAGGCUUAUUUGGAGCAGUGUGAGUCUUUAACUCAGAUUACUGAUUUAUCGAUGGGUGAAGGCUUUAAGAAGGAUUUUGGAGAUGGGUAUAGUUUCCUCGUGGAUGAUCCAGUUACUGAGAGUGUUCAUUUGAAUAAUGAUAAUUUGAAAGAGAAAUGAUGUGGCAGUUGAAGUGUGUGGGCCUGUAGAGGAUUAUUCUGACAAGGGAUAUCUGGAGCAUUGUGUAUCUUUAUCACAGGAUACUGAGCAUUCUAUGGCUGAAGAUGUUGGGAAGGUAUUGUGUGCUAUAUGUGUAUUAAUAUUGGUGUUCUUAAAAGUUAUUAAUCUACUGUAAUGUUCUUUAUUAUUUAUUGAAACAGGUCUUUGAGGUUGGGCUGAUUGCUCCAAUUAAUUAAUUAAUUUUGAACUAAUUGUACUUAA